AUGGCUGCCAGGGAUAAAGCGAAGCUAUACCUUGCAGAACACAGAAUACCACAGCUCUUUGAAUCUCUACUGAGCUGCUUGAUGAUGGAGCGACCAGAAAACCCGGUCAGUUAUAUCGAAGAUAAAAUGUGUGAGAUCAGAGAAAUCGGUCUUGAGAACAUCAACUGGGAGACACUCAUUGCUCACUUCCAUCCUUACAGGAACAAUGUCAGACGACACUUUAUACGUGAUGGAAGUGUCUAUGAUAAGGAGUACUCAGACAUUAUCGGGGAGUCAAAAGAUUUUGAACAAAGGAAAAAGCAGAACUAUGAAUUCCCAAGUCAAGAGAGGUUCGAACCAGAAGUCUUCCAAUUAACAGAAGCUCACUCCUAG